AUGAGUCAAACGUUGAAAUCCUUCUUACUGCAUUUAAGGAACAAUUAUAUCACUAAAUUAGGGAGCAGUUCUAGAUUGAAAAUUGCUAUUGGUAACGAAUCUGCAGAUUUUGAUUCAGUUGUUUCAGCAAUUGGCUAUGCCUACUGUGACUAUAUUUCAGGGCAUCAGGACGGUUAUAUUGUUCCUGUUAUCAAUGUCAAUAGACCUGAUUUGAAGAUGAGGAGGGACAUUGUCUUUGCACUUCAGAAAUUUGACAUAGAUGAUGAUUUAUUAUUCUUUAAAGAAGAUUUAGAAGAAUGGAGUGGAAGGUCGGUGUCCAUUGAAGCCGUUCUAGUCGACCAUAAUGUCAUUUCAAGAUCCAUUAAAGAAUUUGUGGGUAGUAUUAGCAGCGUUAUUGAUCAUCACAAAGACGAAGGGCUAUAUUUGGAUGCUACACCAAGAAUUGUUAAGACAACAGGAAGUUGUUCGUCCUUGGUUUUCAAUUAUUGGCAAGAAAAGCUAGGUAACAAUCCUAGCUUAAAUCCAAUUGUCCCUUUAUUACUUGGUGCAGUCUUAAUCGAUACUUCAAAUUAUCAAUAUAAAGUAGAGACUCCCGAUAUAGAGGCAUUGGAGAGAUACAAGAUGUAUCCUACAUAUAUAGAAAGGAACAGAUACUAUGAAGAGUUGAAAACUGCAAAAGAUGAUAUUAAAGGAUUAUCUAUUAUUGAAAUUUUGAGGAAAGAUUAUAAACAGUUCGUUUUCACAAAAAAUAAUACUAAAAUUACAAUUGGUAUUGCGUCAAUCGUCAAAUCUAUGGAUUGGUUAUAUAAUGAAUACAAUGGUUCUCAAAAUUUCGAAGAUGGUUGUCUGCAAUUUUUAAACUCUAAAGACAUUGACAUCCUUCUGCUAAUGACUGCAUGGAGUGAUGAGAAUGGUUUCAAUAGAGAACUAGUGGCGAUUCCAAAACCUGAAUUUGCGAAGUUGUCAAAUACAUUGAUCAACCAGGUAAAUGAUAAAUUGGAAUUGAAACCUGUAAGUAACGGGAAUAUCAAAAGAGCAAGUCUGGAUUCAAGUCCAACAUUAGCAUUUAAACAACUUAACACACAAGCUAGCAGAAAACAAGUAGCACCAUAUAUCGAAGAAGCUUUCAAAAAUUUGAACUAA